GAGUCCUUGAUAACGUUAUGGAUUAGUGACUGGGAUUAUUUGGGAGUUUCUCCUUCACCUCUUUCUUCGUCGUAAUAAUGACUGCUCGUAAUACGAAAAAACUAUUGUAUUUAAUACUCCAUUUCCUCUGCUCUGCAUUUAAACUACUUCAGCUUUAAACUAAUCUUGUUCAUCAAUCUCCAUAAAACAAUCUAUUUCUCAGCAACCCACGAAAAGAAUACAAAGACAUCAAAGUCUUUUUGCAGAAGAUUGAGUAGAAAAAACUAAUCAUGAGGCCCAAAAUCUACCUCUUUGGAGACUCCAUAACUGAAGAAUCUUUCAGUAAUGGAGGUUGGGGUGCUUCUCUUGCCAACCAUUUCUCUCGUACGGCUGAUAUUGUGGUAAGAGGAUACAGUGGGUACAACACCAGAUGGGCUGUGAAAGUAUUAGACAAGGUGUUUCCAGCGAUGGAUGAAGCAGCACCAAUGGCAGUGACAGUGUUUUUUGGCGCAAAUGAUGCUUGUCUUGAUGACCGUUAUGCAGCCUUUCAACAUGUGCCUUUAGAUGAAUACAAACAGAACCUUCGUUUCAUUUUUUCUUUUCUCAAGAGUUUGUCAGGAGGAGGAAUAGAGCAUCUCACAAACCUACAAGAUCUCCAUAUUAGCCAUUGUGAUCUGCUGGAUUUGGAAGAGAAAGAGAAUAUGCCAUGGAAAUCUCUUCACUCCCUCUCUUCCUUGAGAUUACGCUAUCUUCCGAAGCUGGUGAAUCUCCCAGAGGGCCUUCAACAUGUAACCACUCUUCGGUCUCUCUGCAUUCAUUCCUGCAAAAAAUUGAAGACCCUUUGUUCACUGCAAUCUCUUACAGAACUUGUAAUACAUUGGUGCAAUAAGGAACUAAGAGAUAGAUGCCGAGAACCAGACGGUGAGGAUUGGCCCAAAAUACGCCAUAUUUCUCAUUUGGAUAUUCGGUGAAGAACAAUGAUUCAGCUUUGCUUUUAACUGCCGCAGUCUAAUGAAGUGAGAAGUUUUGUUGAGUGACUUUUAGUCUAUACUAAUUCCUACUUUUUAGCAUAGUGGUCUAUUCUUUCGUACUAUGUUACUCUACAAAUUUCUUGUUGAGCCAUUGAAAUCAGUUCAGAUAAAUGUCCUAGUCUUAAAAUUUUCUUUUACUCCUAAUACUCCAUAUAUAUACCCAUUUUGUUAUA